AUGCCACCUAAGAAAAGGUCCAUCAAAGCAUUCUCAAUCAAUGGAUACGGUCCAAUAGCUUCGAAGCGAACGCGUUUAGCACUUCAAGAUUCAUCAGGUCGAUUGGCAACAGCUGAACAUCAAUUAGAAUCAGGUGUUAAUCAUCUCUCAACCAGACCGUAUCCUUCAAAGCCCCAUGCUAUCCCUCGACUUACGAGCUUAUGUCUAUUAACUAUUGCACAGUCUUUUCAAGAAUUAUUCUUAGAUAAAAAAACUGGCCAGAAAACAUAUGAAUGUGACGCCAAUAUCGAACUGAUUAAAAAGUUACCAACUCACUUAUUACAACGGCUGUUCCAUCUCGUCACUCAGCCCUCUGUGCCUUCCUUCGUACCCAAAAACAUCAUCAACCUUUUCUUUGGAACGAAUAUCACCGAAUUCAUUUGCAACGCUGUAAAAAUACCGAGAGAGUUUGUUACCGAACUGCGAACUUGUAUACAUUUGACCACGAUUAACCUCUCAAAGCAAACUGAUUUAGAUGGAAAGUCACUCGCGAAAUCUUUACGAGAGCUCACCAACCUUCAGCACCUUAACUUGUCCGGUUGUGUUAAGUUAGGAGACGAAGUAGUAAAAGCCGUGGCGGAAACAUCGGAAGAUCGAAUGCAAUAUAUCAAUCUCAAUUUAACAGCUGUCACCACAGAUGGUCUAUCUGUUCUGCUUGGUCGUUGUCCUAAUCUGGAAACAUUGAAGUUAUCCAACGUGAACUCAUUGAAAGACAAAGAAAUUUUUAAACUUAUCGAUAAAGCAACUGAACUUGCAAACGAAACGCGGCAUAUUCCUCUUUCAAAAUUGAAGAACCUCAAAUUGAAAUCUACUUUGGUAUCAGCUACUGGAUUGGGUCGAUUCUUAAACCUUUGCGCUCCUACGCUCGAACGGCUUGAUAUCUCUUAUACAAAAGUUGAAGCAUUAGAUGUCCUUCGAAUGGCUCUAUUUCGUGUAGAUAGUUCUUUAGGGACUUCAUCUCUACCCUCUCUCGCACUAAGUCCAUGCAAACUGACCAAAUUAGUCAUCUCGGGACUUUCAAUCUUAUCUUGGUCUCACUCCACAGCACAUUCAUCAGGACCUAUAGAUAGUUUAGUAGAUUUUUUUGAUACAUUUGCAUCACAACCAGAAGAGAUUAGGAAUAGAUUUCAUACACUUAAGAUGGGAUUUAUGGGUAACCCUCCACCUCCUAAUGGAUUUACCAUUCCACUAGAUGAUCUUUUGGCUUUGGAUUCGGCUAGACUAAAUAAAUUAAUUCCAUCUAUCUAUAAACUCGAAGGCUUGAGGAACAUUUACCUUCGUGGAAAUAUUGAUCUUGCUAAAAAUUCUAUGUAUUCUAAUAACAAGGAUCCGUUGGCUCGGUUUAUACGACUGAUUGGAAGAAGAUGUUUCGAAUUAGAUCUGAGUGACGUAACACGUCUUGGGAACAACACUCUGAAUUUGGGUUUAAACCCUUUUUCUGAAGACUCGGCAUCUAUUGAAGAUUCUGACGAUGAAAGUCAGAUUCAAGAAGAUUCAAUCUCAUCGCCUCGUCUUACUACUCUGAUACUAAAUAAAACAGAUGUAUCAGAUGAAUCAAAAUUAGCUAUAGCAACUUGUACAGCUCUAGAAAGUUUGUUUUUACAGGACACAAAGAUCACAAGUGAAGGACUUAAAUUCAUAAUUCAAAAUUGUCCAAAUUUAGGAGUACCUCGACCUCAUCGACGUGAUUUCUUUUCAACGUAA